CCCCCGUCCCCAACGCCACCAGCCGCGUCCGGCCCCGUUCAGGCAGCCUCGACGGCUACCCGGAGGCCUCACAGGCCCCGGAGGCCCCCACCGCCCAAGCGCAUGCGCGGCGAACGCGACCCCGUCGACCGCCCGCGCCAGUACAGCGUGUCCCCGUCCGCCUCCCCGCGCUACAGCUACAUGAACGGCCGCCACGACCCCGGCCUCGUCCCGCUCCAGCACUCGGGCAGCGCGAGCGUGCCCGCCCUCCACCCCUACUACAGCGCCUCCAGCCAGCCGUCGUACCGCACGCACUCGCACCGUGAACGCGACGACUCCGUCCAGAUCCGAUACGUCGACGCCUCUGGCCGCCCGACCCACCACUCCCGCCGCCGCGGACGCUCACGGUCCCCCCACUCCCAUUCGAGGAGCCGCGAGAGCUCCAUGAGCGUCGACGAAAUGCUCCUCGAGGCGACGACGGGCGACGACCACGACCGCCAGGGCGUCCUCAUGGGCCGCCCGCACUCGCAGUCGCUCACUCACCCCUCGCAGCAGAUGCCCAUGCCCCGCGUGCGCCACCGCUCCCAGUCUCCCAUCGGCCGCGACUACCUCGCCGUCCCGCAUUCCCGCUCUCGAGGUCCUGGCGGCGGCUCCCCCGGCAGUGGCGGUGUCUCGCCGAUCCCGGGGCAUCCAGGCGCAGGCGGCCCGCUGGGCGCUCCCGGCCAGAUGCAGACCUACCAGACACACAUCUUCGCGCCGCCGGUCACUGGGGCGCCCGUCAAGAAGAGCAAGUUGUCCGGCGCGGCCAGCUCUGGCAGCCUCGGCCCCAACGGAAGCGUCCUUACCCUCGGUCCCAACGGAUCUGUCAUUUCGGGCCCAUCGGUCAUGGGCGGCGGCGGUUUCCCGCCCACAAACGCCCAGGGGCAGCGCAUCUGCCGCCAGUGCGGCCUGCCAGGGCGGUACAAGGAAGGGAAAUGCGUCGAGAAGUGGGGUCCAGGGCCCGAAGGCCCGGGCACACUGCCGAAAAAAGAUGAAGCGCCCCCCGCGGCAAUCCAUCCGUCCUCCCACCACCACAGCACCCUCAACGGACAUGGUCCCGGCCCCGAUCGCUCCCUGCACCGCACGGACACCCUUCCCGCUUCCCACCCCUACUCCCAUUCCCAAUCCUCACGACACUCGGCGGGACGCGUCCGUGAGGACGUGAGAACGCAGCCAGCGUCCCCGCCGCCCGGCCACUUGGGCUCGCAACGGUCUCCCCCGACACCGCCGUACAUCGCCACGCUGCCUGGCGCGUCUGUCGGCGACGACGACGACGCGUACGAGAUGGAGCGAGACCGCAUCCCGCGGCCCAGGGGCUCCCGCGGGCAGAGCCCCGCCGGACGGGCGCCACACAACCAUCGAUCGACUGACCGCAGCAGCUCGCUCAGCAACUCGCCGCCGCUGAACGGCGUCCCAAACGGCGUUCCGCUGUCUGCGCGAGGAUCGCCGAGAGGCUCUGACGGCUCGCGGGCGAGCGGUGGCAACUCGCGGUCCGACGCCGACAUGGACGCCGACGCUGAUGCCGAUGCCGAUGCCGACGCUGACGCCGACGCGGAGGUCGAUGCGGACGCGGACGCGGAUGCCGACCUGCUCGAGGCGGUCGACGCGGCCGAGGCGAACAACUCCAACGACGACGAGUGGCUGAAGAAGGAGGAAAUGUAAAUACAUGUUUUUGGGUCUCUCCUGGUAUCAUCUCACGAACUGUGCCGUCGAUGCUCUGUAAUAAUAUUCAAUCCAUAUGUCGUGCUGUAUGAAGUAGCUAGAUUGUUUUGAUGUCAUUGUGCUUUCGUUUGCAGCUCAUUCAUUCGCUGUCCCGGCGGUUUUCGCUCAAGCACUCGCCAUCCUCAAGCUUCAAGAUACCUCGUGUGCUGAUGCGAACGACUGCGUGGUCGUCACUCCGCCUGGACC